ACCGGAGCGCGGGGCAGCGCGGUGAUCUCGGGAAGAGGAGCCGACAGCGUUCUUCCGCAGGGCAGCAUCAUAAAAGUCAAGUGAAAAUGGCCUUUAGCAAUCUGACAUCAAAGGCUAUACUACUGUAUGAUGAAUGGAUUAAAGAUGCUGAUCCAAGACUGGAAGGUUGGCCACUCAUGUCUUCACCUUUUCCAACAACUUUCAUCAUUGGAACCUAUGUUUAUUUUGUCACUUCCUUGGGACCCAAACUCAUGGAAAAUAAAAAACCUUUUGAACUCAGGCAGAUCAUGACAUUUUAUAAUUUUAGUGUGGUAGCUCUCUCUUUAUAUAUGACCUAUGAAUUUCUUAUGUCAGGCUGGGCCACAGGAUACUCAUUCCGGUGUGACAUUGUUGACUACUCGAGGUCACCGACAGCUCUAAGAAUGGUGCGAACUUGUUGGCUUUAUUUCUUUUCCAAGUUCAUUGAAUUAUUAGACACUAUAUUUUUUGUGUUACGUAAGAAAAACAACCAAGUUACAUUCCUGCAUGUCUUUCAUCAUUCCAUCAUGCCGUGGACCUGGUGGUUUGGAGUCAAAUUUGCUGCAGGUGGUUUAGGAACAUUUCAUGCUUUGCUGAACUGUAUUGUGCAUGUUAUCAUGUACACUUACUAUGGAAUCUGUUCUCUGGGACCAGCCUAUCAUAAAUAUUUGUGGUGGAAAAAGUACAUGACAACUAUACAACUUGUCCAGUUUAUUAUGAUUACAGUCCAUAUAGGACAAAUCUACAUCAUGGAUGAUUGUCCGUACCAGUAUCCAAUUUUCAUGUUUAUUAUUUGGCUUUAUGGCUCUAUGUUUUUAGUCUUGUUUCUCCACUUCUGGUACCAUGCUUACACGAAGGGACAAAGACUGCCAAAAAUGGCAAGAAAUGGCAUCAGCAAAGAUGAGUGAAACAAAUUCUUGUCUCUAAAACCAAAGAAGUGUAUAUGUCAAAGGGGAAACUUGCACUACUUGACAAUCAAGAUGUUUAGGUGCGCACACUACAUGGUGUAUAUUUUGUAUGUUUUCUUCCAAAACAGAAUUUGUAUUUUUACCAUAAGUUAUUUGGGAUUCUUAACAUGGAGUGGGGAAGAACUGUGGAUCUCUGAUUAAAAAAAAAAAAAGAUAGAUGAUCUCUAUCUAAAAAAUGCACAAAAAUAAAGAUAAUUGGAAAAACUAAAAUGUGUAUGACAAGUACUGAGUACUUUGAACACACUUUGAGGGGGAUAAAAAUUGCUUCACUUUAAAUGUUGUAAGUUGCUAAGACUGUCAGCUGCAUUUUAUUGUAAGAAUGAUUCUUCAGUAAGUACUGUUUUUAGAAUCUAAGGCAUAUUAAUAUAGUUAAUACAUAAACAUUAUUACAUCUGUUAUAUUACUUUAAAGGAAGGAUUAAGUUAAUCUGUCAAGACAUAACGUUUCAUUUGAAGAUCACAGAUUUUUGGAUAUACUGUCUUUUACUAGAACUGAAUUCAUUUCAUGUUGUACUCAGUUGAACAUUAUCGUAAAUGUUGGAAAGCUACUAAUAUGGGGAUUAUCUGAAUUGUCUUGUAGCAUAGUGAUCAAAACAUCUUACUGAUUUGUUCACUGUAGUAGCCAAGUAUACUUAUUAUUCAAUGUGUCUAUGGAUAUACUUUAUAUUGGUAGCCUGUGCUGUUUGUGAAGUGGGGCUAGAGGAUUAUGGAAUCUUUUAAUUCAGAGCCAAAAUCUUAGUGCUCAAAUAAAACGUAAAAAAAUUUUGAUUUAGUGAUUUAAGCUUAAGUGUUGCCUACCAUGAUUGUACUGUGCUCUACUUUCUUCUAUGUCCAUUAUCUAUUGAAAUACAUGUCUAGAAAGAGUUUGUGUCAUCUUGGUUUUUUUUUGUUGCUAUUACAAUGGCUUGUUUUUAUCAGCUCAAGAUUAAAGUUAUUCCAGUUGUCUUGUCUGGAACCAGGCAAAAAAAUAUGUGACAUUCUCUGAUUUUCUGAACGUGAGGCAGGCAGUGGUGACUGGGCAUGGCUCCACUCUGUGUAGAAUUACCCAGUAUGU